GUCAGCGGAGCAUCUGGGCGCCCGGGAGGGGGGACUGGCGAGAGUCUGCGGAGAGGGAGGGAGGGAGAGCGGCUGAGGCUGAGGCUGAGGCUGAGGCUGAGGCUUCUGCACCGGGACACGAUGGAGAGCGCGGGCGCCGGGCAGUGACAGGUGAGGCAGGCGGCCGGCCGGCCGGCGCAGGAGGCUCCGACUGUCCGCGGGCUGCGCCCAGCCAGCGCUGCCGCCGGCACAGGGACUGUGCUCCCGUCUUGUCAACCUCGAUGCAGCAACCGAGCCGGCAGUGAUCAGAUCUGAUGCAGCAUAUGAAGUGGAAGGUGUCACCAUGGAGAGAAAUGAUGGAGGUCCUGUUGCCAAUCAUCUUGAGCCUUUCACUUGUCACCACCUGGCUACCAGUGGUUGCAAAGUAUGGACUUGCCAGGGCCCUGAACAUUGAGACUUUGGCAUCUAAUCCUCGAGCUGACAACCUGGAUGCAAAGGACAAGGAAAGAAAUGUGGGAUUGGACAUAGAAUGGGGAACUUUGACCUGGGCAGUGCACUUAUCAUUUGGAAAUGGUUCGGGCACAAGUGAGGCAUUGUCGCUCGAUCAGCUUGCGGAUGAGCUCGCAGAGUUCACAGACCUUGAGAACAGGGGGCAGAUUGGGGAAUUGGCUGGCCAUUACCUCUUUGCUCUCCCACCACAUAGACGUAACCACGGUGACCUGGAGGAGAAGACUCAGAGGAUUAGGAAAUCCAUUGAAACCUUGCUUGGCCAACACGACAGUGUGAGGUGGCAUUCCGAGCAAAGGCUGCUGAAGCGUUCCAAGCGGAGUCUGCACUUCAAUGACCCAAAGUACCCAUUCCAGUGGCACCUACACAAUCGGAGGAAGCGUGGGAUGGACAUUAACGUCACCGGGGUGUGGGAGCGCAAUGUCACCGGCAAAGGUGUGACUGUGGUGGUGGUCGACGAUGGCAUUGAGUACACUAUACAGGACAUACAGGCUAAUUAUUCUCCCGAAGGAAGCUAUGACCUGAAUUCGAACGAUGAGGAUCCCAUGCCUCACCCAGAUGAACACAGCGACAAUCACCAUGGUACUCGAUGCGCUGGGGAGAUUGCUGCCGCACCCAACAACUUCUGCGCAGUCGGUGUGGCCUUCGGAAGCCGCAUUGCAGGUAUCCGUGUGCUGGAUGGACCCUUGACUGACAGCAUCGAGGCAGUGGCUUUCAACAAACACUUUCAGAUCAACGACAUUUACAGCUGCAGCUGGGGUCCGGAUGAUGAUGGGAAGACGGUGGAUGGUCCCCACCCACUUGGGAAGGCUGCAUUACAGCAUGGUGUCAUGGCAGGCCGUCGGGGCUUUGGAAGUAUUUUCGUGGUGGCCAGUGGAAACGGAGGACAAUACGAGGACAACUGUAACUACGAUGGCUACGCAAACUCCAUCUACACUGUUACAAUUGGAGCAGUCGAUGAAGAAGGCCACAUGCCAUUCUAUGCAGAGGAGUGCGCCUCCAUGCUAGCAGUCACCUUCAGCAGUGGCGACAAGAUGAUGAGAAGCAUUGUAACCUCUGACUGGGACAUGCAAGAGGGCACCGGCUGCACGAAUGGACACACCGGGACCUCAGCUGCUGCACCACUGGCUGCGGGAAUGAUUGCGUUAAUGCUGCAGGUCCGCCCAUGUCUCACAUGGCGGGAUGUUCAGCAUAUCAUCGUCUUCACCGCCACACGGUUUGAUGACCUCAUCGCUGGAUGGGAAGUAAAUGGAGCCGGAUUCAGCCACAGUCACCAGCAUGGUUUUGGCCUGCUUAAUGCCUGGCGCAUGGUUAACGCUGCAAAGAUCUGGGAGUCUGUGCCGUUCCUCAGCUCUUACGCCAGCGCCGUUGAGAAAGAGAAAAAGCUCAUCCCCCUGCACCCUGACAAGCUGGAGAUUAUGUGGAACGUAACCGCUGAUGACUUGCACUUGUCGGGCAUGAAGACUCUAGAACAUGUGGCAGUCACCGUGACCAUAUCGCACCCAGCUCGCGGCGCCCUGGAGCUGACACUACACUGCCCCAGCGGGAUGUCAUCACUCAUCGGAGCAAAACGCCUGAUGGACAGAGAUGCUUCUGGCUUCACUGACUGGAUGUAUUCCACCGUGCGAUGCUGGGGUGAGAGGGCACAAGGCAUCUACAAGUUGGUCAUUCGUGACUUGGACACCGACCCUCAGCGGAAGAAUGGUUUCCUCAAUCAAUGGCAGCUCACACUAUAUGGUUCUUCCUGGUCAUUUGAAGAUGUCAAGCAACGGCAGAGGGUUGUUGAAGAAGCUAUGAAUGGACAAUUCCUGAACGACAGUUUCUCGUUGCCUUGUCCCCCUGGAUUGGAGAUCUCGGAUCAGGAAUGGAUUUAUAUGACUCCCAAUACACUCAAGAUGCUGUUGCUCCUGGGUUGCUUUACCAUUUUCUGGUCCAUUUAUUACACCCUGGAGGUCAUUUUUUACCCCAGGAAAGACCUCAAGUUCAGCUUGCUGUAUAAUAACUCUAGUCGGGGACCUUAUCGAACCUUGCAUGAAGUGGAAGCAGAUAAGUAUGCGUCUGAGUUAGUCCCACUGCAAAGUGUGGACUACAGUGAGACUGGACAGCAACAGAUAUCAAACAACGAGGAAGCCUGUGUGAUUAAAACGGAGGGGGUGAACUCCGAUUACGACACGCGAAAUGUUGCCUUGACUGUAACUGAGACCGGGCCAGCUGAAGAUCAGUCAGCCCCAAACCAUCGGGUCGAGCACAGGGACAGUGAGGAUUCCUCUCUGCUUUGCCCCUUUGACAAUGAAACAACAUAACAUUUGAUGAAUCCAUUGUGAUCUCACUCCUACAGAUGAAAACGAGGCAGCGUAAAAUCUUUAUUGAACUUUUAAAUCAGCAUUGGCUGCCCGGAUUCAACCACCAUGGACCAACAAAUUGAAUCUGGACGUUAGCUGCCACAAUGCUGUCCGCUUGCCAGGUGGAUCAGGACUAUCAGUGUGGAAUAGUCAACACAGUGUUCCUAUCUCUUGCUCUCUCUCUUUCACUCUCUCUCAUUCUCUCUCUCUCUCUCUCUCUCGCUCUUUUCUUUGCCCCUCUCUCUUUUCCUUCUAUGCCUUCUUCUCCUUUCUCUCUUCCACCUCUCUACCCCUUACCUCUCUCAUGCUACCCUUCCCACUCUCUCUGCCUUUCCACUCCUCCUCCCACCUCCCUCUCUGCCUCAAGCCCUCUAUCCUGCCUCUCCCCAUCUGUCCUUCUACUACUUCCCCCUCUUCUCCCUCCUGCUCUCACUCUCUCCGUCUCUAUCUCUCUCUACAUUUCAGCAGCUUCCUGGGUUAAAUAUUCUGUUAAUUCAUGUAAUCAAUGGAGAACGUUUACAUCCAGUGUCACUAUUGCAGCUUUUGCCAAUUCGAUCUCUUUUUGGUUCUCUCUCAUUUGUCAUUAAGAGUGGGGGCUUCUGAAGAGCUGCAAUUGACUUCAAAACCGGUUGGCUCAAGGAGACUGAAAGAUCCGCAGCGAUCUAAUGCUGGCUCAUACCGACAUGUUUGAGAAGAUCAGCCAAGGACAAGAUUUGAGUGAGACAGGGGUCACCCUCACUUCCACAUCUGGGGAUGCCUUAAAGCUGCACAAUGGCUGGUUUAUGAAUUUACCGAACUUGUCCAGAUAUUGAAGUGCAAGUCUCCUUGAGAGAUUUUGCCACAGUAGACCUUGAAUCUUCAUUUAAAAACAAACUGCCUUCAUUCUGACUGUGAUCAACUGUUGGAAAGUUUCCAUUCAUCACUGGACUUGUUAUACACAACGUUACAUGCAACCCCCACAGUCACAAAUGGUAAAUAGAUCAUCUCAAAUGGAACUUGCCCAUGCAGACACAGCCUCCUGAUUCAGGUUUUGACUAACAAUGUGGGUGUAAUAAUUUACUUUGGCAUCCUCCUAGUCAAAAAGGAAACUGGGUUUCAAAUUACUGAUCACUUCAUUUCAGGCUUAUGUAAGUGAAAUGUAGCUCCAAAAUAUCUUGCUUCGUGACUGUGCUUAAUUUUACCAGUACAUCGUUGAAGAACAGCACUAUUAUAUGGUUUGGGUACAAAAUAGUUCUUGUCAUUGGGGUCCCUCCGAGAGCACAGGGUGACCAUGUUGAAUGCAUUCUAAUCCCAUUGCUCUUGUCUCCUUUUUUCCAAACGGAAAGGUAAAUUAGCUGAGAAAUAUUCCAAGUAAUCAGACAGUGCAAUAAUUUCUGGGAGACAUUGGUUAUUUUACUAAUAUGGUACUACUCAUCUCUCUGUAUAUCCUCAGUAAGACAGUGGCAAACCUGCAGUUCGCUUUGGCAAGGUGAUGUUUGAAGAGCCGAUGAUUAAUAUUUCCAGCGCUUUCAUAAACAUUUAAUUAGGAGCUUCUAUAAUCUUCCCCAUUUCAGAAAUGGAUUCCACUCAUUGGCUGUUGGCAUUGAUUCGGACUCUGGUGUUGUACAGAUGAGCAUCACUGGAUAAACUGAAUUAGACUAAAUUAAUGAAAGGGAGUAAACAAUGAGUGUAUACAAAUCUAUGGGGGUGAGGCUGAGGUUUUAAAGCAGCAUUGUCACCUCUUGCCGAAAGCUUUUUUGGUUCUGUCGUGACCAGCGUUUCAUUUUCUGCUAAAACAGUAAAUGUUCCCUCUGUAAAAGAGCACCAUUGUCCAACACAGUGUCUCUUGGGGUUUCUGGUCCAGAUUUAAGGUGACUGAACCCCAGCGAAUGUCAAGGAAACAUCUGUGCAGCCUGCUGCAAUGUCAUUGGAAACGGGCCACAGGGGCUUCAAGAUGUGAUUCAGUUUUGAAGUGCAGUGGUUGACAUAGAAUGUGCAACAGAGAAGUUAAUUCAGGGAAUUGCUGCAGCAAAGGAUGCAGUGAGCCUGGGAGGUUUUUCUAUCCAUUCUGCAAUGUAGCUUCAAGUUUCUCCUUGCCAUAUAAAUCUCUGGCAAAAUCUGAUAGGCUGCCUGUGGAAUUUAGAGUCUGACAGGGGAGGGUGUUAUUUCAAUAAUGUAAUUGAUACGUUUAAAUUUUUGGCUUAUCUUACUUCCAUACGUUAUGGAAUCCAUUUCCUAAGAUUGAGAAAUUCCCCACAGUUUUUGAGUCUUGUAACUAUAUUUUUCCUUACAAUCACUGACUGCAUUCAUCUCCAUGGCUCUUGACACAGGGCCAAUCAGAUUGGAUUUGCUUCUUUCUGGCAUAUCAGUGAAAGCUGGUAAUACCAAAUAUUCCAAGAUUUCUGUAACAGCUGGCUCUUGUGAAAGGAGCAGACAGCACAGGCUGUGUUAUAGAGCCUAGAUUUUUCUUUAAAUCACUAACUUCUUGAAAACUGGAAUCAUUGCUGUGUUACUCAGGGUUGCUUUUGUGAAUUUUUGUGAACUGAAUUGUGUAAUUAAUUGCAACAUGUGGAUCGGUUAAACUGGUGCCUCUUGUUUUGCAGAACCAGAUAUCCAAGGGUGAGGGUUUUCUAGGGGUAUAAAUUUUAAAUUGUUUAAAAUUGUGCAAUCAGUUAAUUGACAUGAGUGAAUGUAAAUCACUGGUCAUCAUGAAUUUAAUUAUCUCUGGGAAUGCACUGAUUAAUGUUUUCAUGUAAAACUCCACUGCCCCCAGGUUUAGCAGAAUUGUUAAUCCAUUGAUUCUUAACAUAAUAAAAUACUAUACAGAAGAAACCGUGUCAACUAGUGCACUACCCGGAGGAAGUUAAACAAGCAGAAGAGGGAGCUUGUCCAAGGGAAGGAUGUUAGAAUGGUGUUUGGUGCACUGAAUAUAUCUUGCAAUGCUGUUCCUUGCAGUGAGUCAGACAUGGUAUUCAAGGUUUCAUGCUCUGAGUUGAAGGCCAAUUGUCUGUGUUGCUGUGAGACUGAAUAGUGGAAUAAUAUAUUUGUACGGCUGAGAAGUAAAUGUGUGAUGGGUGAUUUGACGGGACAUCAUCAUUGAGGCCUGGUUGGAUCUAACUGUAGAAUUAUCUCUCUUUUCAGCAUAUAUUCUUUUACCUUUUUGUAUAUGGGAACUGGGCGUUGUUAUAUUUAUAGUCUAUCAAUAAUUGUCCUUAAGGUGAUGGUGAGCCACCUUCUUGAAGCAUUGGGUUUUUGAGGUGAGGAUAUUCUCGCCAUGCUGUGAGGUAACCCUCUACAAUUUUGACUAUGAAACAGUGAAGGAACAGUGAUGUAUUUCCAUAUCAGGAUGGUGUGUGGCUUGGAGGGGAAUAUGGAAAUGGUGGUGUUCACUUGUAGCUGAUUGCCCCUGUCCUACAAGUCAGUUGAGCCUCUGGGUUUGGGAGUUGGCAUUCAAGAAGCCCUAGUGAGCUGCUACAGCAUGCUCGUAGCUGGUACACACUGCAGCUGCAAUGUCACAGUCAUGGAUAGGGUGCUAAUCAAGUUGUAAUGCAUCUAAUUUGCACAUUUCUACAUGCAGACUACAUACAAGUGACUCUUACAGGAGUUUUAUCACAUCCAUACCUCUGGCUGUAGUUUGUACAUAACUUUUAUUUUAUUUAAUCAGCUUUCCACUUGACUAAAUGGUAAAUAUUUCAAAAUGUCAUCCUGUGAUUGAUGUCUCAUCUGGCACCCUAGGUGCAUACUGCCACGUUAUUUAUCAAUUACAGUGCCACUGUGUACAUUUCUCCAAGCCAUUGUUAUGUGAUAAUCUAAAGAGAAUAUUUUUUAACUGGGUAGAGGGGAAAACAUAAAUGUUGGAAAUUUGCUAUGAAGCAGGGAAGAGUCGUGAUAUACAGCAGGGCAGGCAACGUUCAUGGUGAGGAGGGAUGGACGUUGUGUAAAGGGGCACGGAUAAUCAUCUAAAAACUCAGGGAGGCCCAAGACUUUGAGACUAAGAGCAGCAAGGAGGGCUUAAACAGGGAGGCCCAAGACAUAAAAGUUGUUUAGAAAACUGGACACACUAACCUAGUCAAAGGGUUUCAGAGUAAGUAGAAACACAGUCUCUUCACGAUUGUGGGUGCCUUUGUGUGAGGUCACGGGACAACAGGUAGAUGAUUGGUGAGUAUUUUUCUUUUAUUUCUUUCAGGCUGUUCUGAUUAGUUAAGUGUUUCAAGUCAGAGCACAUCAGUGUGAGCAAGUUCUUCACAUUUAAAGUGGUGAAAUAUAAUGCAGGCUAAUUAAUAUAAUAAACACAUCUAAUUAAUUAGAACAUGGCUGGCCAGGCGUUGUGUUGUAGUUGCAACAUGUGGAAACAGGUGGUCCCCAUUGUGGUAAACAGUGACCAUAUCUGCAGCAAAUUUUGGCUGCUCAAGGAACUUUGGCUCAGGGUUGACGAGCUGGAGUCUGAACUCCAAACACAACACGUCAGGGAGGGGGAGAAUUACCUGAACACAAUAUUCCAGGAGACCUUCACAUCCCUUGGAUUAACGACCUCUAAAUUGGCAAAUGGUCAGGGUCAAGAUGGUGUGACUGCAGAAGAGGCAGGUAGAGGGAUCCAGAGGAUAGUUCUGGAAGAGCCUCAUCCCUUCCCCGUGUCGAACAGGUACGAGGUUCUUGCUCCCUGUGUGGACGAGGGUGGGGACUGCAGGGAGGUUGUGUAAACUGUCCAUAUCACCAUGGCACAGGGAGCCAUUCAAGUGGGGGGAGAAAAGAGGAGGCUGCAUCAUGCCAGGGUUAAGCACAUCUCCUCUGAGCUGGAAAAGAACUUGGAUCCAGUGGUUGUGGUCCACAUGGGCACCAACAUAGGUAGGACUAGGAUGGAGAUUCUGCUGAGGGACUUUGAGGAGCUCUGGAUAAAGUUGAAAAGCAGAACCACAAUGGUGACAAUCUCUGGAUUAUUACCUGAGACACAUGCAAAUUGGCAAAGGGUAGAUAGGAUUAGAGAGGUAAAUGUAUGGUGUGAUAGAGUUGGGUUCCAAUUCAUGGGACACUGGUACCAAUACUGGGGAAGGAAGGAGCUGUUCCAUUGGGAUGGGCUUCACUUGAAUUGUGCUGGGACCAGUGUCCUAGUGAAUCGCAUAAAUAGGGUGGUAGAUUGGCUUUGAUUUAACUAUGAGGGAAGUGAGGUCCAAGAAUAUAUCAAGAGGAAAUGAGAGCGUGGUGACAUGGGAUAGGGAGGAGAAAUUGAUAAGAAAAGUGUGAGAGGUUGGGUCAGAAAUUAGAAAGAAAGUUAUGCAGUGCAGAGCAAAUCCAGAGUUGGUGAAAACUUUUUUUAAAUCAAAGUUUAACAGUCUUUAUUUGAAAGCACGUCACAUUUGUAAUCAGAUAGAAGAGUUGACAGCACAGAUUGCAACGUGUGUAUGAUCUAAUGGCUGUUACAGAGAUGUGGUCACAGGGUGACCAGGAGUGGGUGCACAGUAUUCCAGUUUACCUGAUGUUCCAAAAGAACAGACCAAAAGGGUGAGGAGAUGGCUACCAUUGUUAAUCAGGGAAGUUAUUAGAGCAGUGUUGAGUCAUGCUAUAGAGUCAAUGCAUAGUAAUGUAGAAUUGGUUUGGAUUGAAAUCAUGAAUAGCAGGAUAAUGAGGACACAGGCGGGUGUGGUCUCUAGGACCCCAGACUGUGACCUCUUGGUAGGGCAGAGCGUCAAUGAGGAAAUAUCUAGGGCAUGUUUGAGGGGAACUGCAAUUGUCAUGGAACAUUUUAAUUUAUUUAUUGACUGGACAAACCAAAUUGGCAAGGGUAUUGCAGAAGAAGAAUUAGUGAAGUGUGUCAGGAAUUGCUUCUUAAAACAGUAUGAUAGCAGAACUUACCCAGGGACCGGCUAUUUUAGAUUUAGUCAUGAGUAAAUAGGAAGGAUUAAUAAGAGAUUUUGUGGUUAAAGUUCCCCUAAGAGGUACUGACCACAAUAUGAUAGAAUUCCAGAUGCAGUUUGAGGGUGAACACCACGGGACCAAAACCACUGUUUUUCAACCUAAAGUAAGGACAAUUAUAAUGGUAUGAAGGUGGAAAAAUAAGCUAAGGGCCAGGUCAGUAGAUGAACAGUGCAAGAACAGUGGCAGAUAUUCAAACAGUGGUGAGUCCAUAACAGUCAGCGAGACGUUAUCCCAAUUAUAAAACGGGGUUCCAUGAGAAAGAGGCACAAUCUGUGGUUAACAAAGGAGGUCAAGGAUAAUGUUAAAUUGAAAAGUAGGGCAUACAAUGUGUCAAGGGAUGGUGGUAGGCCAGAGGACUGGGAAGUAUUUAGGAUCCAGCAGCGAAUGACUAAAAAUCUCAUAAGAAGGGAGAAAAUUGACUUUCAUUUAGGAAAGCUGAAAUAAUCAAACCUAGUCAAAAUGGUUUUAUGAAAGGUAAUUUGACAAAUUUGCUUGCAUUCUUUGAGGAAAAGACAGGGAGAAGUGAUAUUUCCAAAAGGCAUUUGCAAGGUGCCACAUAAAAGGCUGGUACAUAAAUGCAGAGCCCAAGGUAUUGGAGGAAGUGUGUUAGCAUAGACUGAAAACUGGCUGUCACAUAGAAAGCAAGUUUGGAGUAAAUGGGUCCUUUUCAGGCUGGAGAGAUGUAACUAGUGGAGUACCCCAGGGAUUGGUUCUUGGCCGAUAAUUGUCUAUUAUUUACAUUAAUGACCUGGAGGAGGGAACAACAUGUAAGGUUUCCAAGUUUGCCAAUGAUACAAAAAUAGGUGGAAGAGCAUGUCGUGGUGAGGACAUUGUGAUUCUGCAACAGGUUAUGGACAGAUUGGGUGAAAACCUGGCAAAUGGAGUUUAAUGUGGGGAAGUGCGAGGUCCUGCACUUCAGUAAGAGGAAUCAAAGAUGGAUAAUUAUCCAAAUAGAGAGAGACUGCAAAUGAGUGAAGUUUGGAGGGAACUUCGUGAAUCACAAAAAUUUAGGAGGCAGGUCAUUUACGAAAGCAAAUGGCAUCUGCUAUGUUAACUUUAACGUAAAAUUAAAGUUGUGGAAUACCCAACCCAAACGUAAGAGCUUUGGUCUUAUUUCUGCUUGACCUGAUAAGUCAGGAGAUCCAGCUAUUUGGAUUCAGGGCUGACUCCAUACUAAAGCUGGACAAAUAUGAUGACAAUUAAUACUAGUAACGUAUUAAGCCAUUAUCAAAUUGAAUAGGUGAGCUGAUUGCAGUACUCUGAUUCUGGCUUCUAUUCUUCAGAAUCAAAUUCUAUUGUACGGACCUGCAGCUAGAGCUCAGGGUCCUUCCUGAAUUUGUUUGCGUUGAUCAAUAUUUGCCCAGGGAGAGGGAUGCUGGGAGUUGCCUAUCCCAACUGAGUACUGCUACAACACAGGAGGUUGGGUGGACCCACAACAACAUUGUUGAAAGUUAGUGAUAAAUGCGGGAAUGGAACGAACAGUUUCUUGAACUGCCUGUUGUCAAGGCGCAUCUGAGCUGUACAACCUGCUACCUGUGCUGGUGGAAAGGUGGUAACGUUCACCACACAUCAUGUGGGCUCCAGAAGAGCCUGGGUAGUUUGUGGUAGGCAGUAAAUAGGUAAUUAAACAUUGUAGACACUUAUAUCAUGCCUCACCUUAAUGCUCGGUGAGAAUGGUCUGGGUUUACCCUUGAAAGUGUAUAAUAGUCUCUGCUAUGUUCAAGCUCUAUCUCAGCCUUCACCUGUGGCUCAAUAUUUCCUCUUCCUCAAACAAAGGGACAUCCAAGCUGCUCAGAGGUCAAUUGUGUUAUUUGGCCAUAGUUUGAUCUAAGCAGAGUGGACUAGCAUUUGGAUCAAAGGAAAUCAGAAAAAUGCAGAUGCUGGAAAUCAGGGUCAGUUACCACUCUGGAGACACAAGAGACUGCAGAUACUGGAAUCCAGAGCAACACACAAAACACUGGAGGAACUCAG